AAAUCGACGUGACGACAAGAGAGAGAGAGAGAGAGAAGUCGAGAACCCAACAAAAACAAACAAAGGCGGGCGGGGGCAGGCAGAGCCGCAGCCGCCGACGCCAGCACAUCCUCCCAUCCCGCCUCCUCCCCACCUUCCCAUCCCUUCUCCUCGCCUCCUUCCAAAUCCACACACUUCCGCCGCCGCUGCUAUCGUCACCGGUCACCAUCCGUCCGACGAGGAGGGAUAGGGACCGGCGGGAGCGAACCCUAGAUGACCGAUCCCGGGUCGGGCCCAGAGAGCCUUCCGGAUUGCGCCUUCGGUCGCUGCGCCGCCUCCGCCGCCUAGGGUUCCCGCGCCUGUAGGUCGAUUUUGGGGACGAGGAAGGGGAGUGCCAAGUAAUGAUGGGGUCGAGGCGCUACAAGCGCGUUUCGUGGGCCAACGGGGCCAAUCUGUGCAAGGUAAGGCUCUUUCUUUCAGAGGAUUCCCCUUCUCAAGCUGGAUUAAGACCACAGGACAAUCUCCAAGCAAAAGGCUCAUGGUUAAUGCAUGCAGCUGGCCCAAGCUCAGAUGAUUCUCUGCCACCUGGCUUCGAAUCAUUGCAGCCAACCAGCGAUCUCAAAAUUGACAUGUCCCAAAUCGCUCUUAUUAGGUGGAGAUGCCCACCACAGAUAUUGUAUAAUCCUGAUUGGUGUGUCGCUGCUGGAGAAGAAAGUGAGGAGGUUGCCUUGCAGAAUGAGAGGAUGUUUGGAGCACUGGAGGCUAUAUAUCCACGACCAUCGAACAUUCCUCCAAACCCAUUGGUUACUCCUGAUGUGAAAGACUCCCAGUAUGAUGAUUCCCGAACCCAAUUGGUUCCUUUGCUCCCAGUUGAAGAGGAUGAUGCCUCUGACCAGUUCGAAGAACCACCUGUUGGUCUACCAAGUAGUUACCACCAGUCAGAUAAGUAUGAUGAUGCAAUAUCCAGGGUCCCACAAGCCUCAGAUGCUCUCUUUACCACUGCACAACAGCAGCCGAAUGGUUCCAUCAACACAACAAGGUCUGGUGUCCCCGCCGAAGCAGACGUAGUGGCUGCUGCAUCUGCUGCUUACACUGCAAUAAUGCAAAGCAACCAAAUGGGAAACAUGAUUGACCAAGAUCUGCUCAUCAAAAUACUAAGUGAUCCUGCCCAAAUUCAGAGGCUAAUGAAAGAAUAUGGUGCGCUUAAACAUGAACAGUCAACCAACAGUUCUGUGGCGUCAAUGGUGCAAGGUCCACCACCCCAGAUGACAGCUAGUGUCCCCGUCUCUAUCCCAGACCGUUCCAAUGCAUUUCACAACAUAAACCCUAAGCUGCCGCCUCCACCUGUUCCGAAUCGUCUACCUCCAGCUUCAGUUACCAUGAAUGCACCAGCGAGUUCAAGUCAAGCAAUUAGCUUUCCAAGUGGCCCAACCAGGGGUUUGAACUAUUACCAGAACCUGAUCCAUCAGCAUGGAGGGGAGAGGCAGGAGCCACUUCAGCAGCAUGGAAUGCAGUUUGCAAUGCAUCACCAGCCUCUUGCCUCGCAGGCCAGUGCCGCUGAUGUUGUCAGCAGUGGUGCUAUGCCAGCUAGGGAUACCAAGCAAAGGCCUACGAAGCCUUGUGCUUACUUCAACAGCGCGAGAGGAUGCCGGAACGGUGCGAACUGCACGUUUCUGCACGAUGUGUCUGCCGCGAGGAAAGAACAGUCAAAGGGUUCCAAAAGGAUUAAGCUUGACAGCAGAAUAGCCGGGCGGUAUUGAGGGGCUGCUGCCGCCGGUUGAUUUUUGACUGUUCAUUUCGCCUUUUUUCCCCUUCAAAAACGUUUCAGUAAAUAUUGCGCCCCAGCUCCUUGUUUCUUUCACUUAGCCAAUUUCUCUUUGUUGACUAAAUGAGGUGUUUUAGAAGAAAGAAAAAUAUCCCACGAUUUAUUGGAGCUAUGUCGUGGUAGCUACGCCGUGGUCAUUUGUGUUGGUUCUGCUUUUUUUUUUUGUCAAGACCGAGAAAUGCAUAGUUGCAUACUUUAACAUAUA